CCACCAUUCGUCAUUGACAAUCACAUGACAGUUUGUAGUUUCGAGGUGUGAUCUGUUUCAGCCAAAAAAUUCGAAAAUGCCAGUGUGCGGCCCGAAAUUGUCCCUCUGCGGCUUAAUUUUAAGCGUUUGGGGAAUUAUCCAACUGGCCUUAAUGGGCAUUUUUUAUUACGUACAUGCCGUGGCCCUCGCCGAAGAUCUGCCCGAGGCACGCCACCCCCACGACCCUGACAGCCUCAAAGACUUUUAUACGGACAUAGACAGAGGAUACACGCAGAACGCUUUCAACUGCUGGAUCGCCGCUCUUUUGUACGUUGUCACAUUGGCGCUUUCGGCGCACCAGUUCUGGGCCAACAACAGAUCAUCCUUGAGCGUUUAAAAUCCAAUUUUAAUGUUCAGUAUUGUUACUCGUAUAUCAAUUUUAGUGUACAUAUGUGUAAGAAAGAUUUUGUUUAGUUGUACUUUCCCAUCAGUUUAGAGUUGUUAUGAUUGUUUUAUGGUUUUCUACUUCUAAGUGGUGUUACAUGUGGCAUAGUCUCAAUAUGCUGUGAACCUAGAGUAAUUAAACGAAAAUAAAUACAUAAAUUAACACAUUA